CCUCUUUUUCCUUAAUGGUUAGCUAUUGCAAUCAGGAGCUCCACUUUUAGGCUUGGCUAAAUCUAUGUAAUUUAUUGGAUGGUCAUGACGGACUUGAUGGAACCCUCCUGGGUAAAAGUUUCAUUAUUCAAGAUGGCUGCCACCUAAGGACAAGGCAUUCCUAUAAAAAUAAAAAUAAAAAUAAGACUUAAUUUAAGGUAUGUUAACACUUAAUAGCCAAAGGGUAAUCAACUUGUGGCCCUUGGAAAAUAAAAUUACAAACCUAAUGAAAAAUGAACAAUGCUAUGAAUACAAAUAACCUAAAAUUAUUAGAGAUGCGAAUAGUUGAAUUACAAUUAUAAUUAUCAUAUUAAACACUUCCAUUAAAUAUAGAUGUAAAAGCUAAAUCCUAAAAUGGUCUAAAUGUUGCUGCGCUGCAAAGAUUGUUUUAAUCCUCUUCCUUCUCCUUCUGUUAGGAACCAAGGCAUAUAUACUAUAAGAUUAAGCAUACCAUGAUUUGCUAAAUUUUGGCAUUUUUUGACUUGGCAGCAAAAUAAGGAUUGAAAUCUGAGAAAGUGUAGGCCAAUUAACGUGGACUUAAUCAUGAUAUUUUAUUUUAUGUUUUGAGCAGGAGAUGACAGUCCUGUGUUACUCAGUAUACCACAGAUGCAGAAACCUUUUGACUAUGGAUGGCAGCGGGAGAUUAUUUAUAGGCAUAUAGGAUCUGGCAGAAAUAGUGAUGUCAUUUACAUAACACCCUGUGGAAAGAAACUGAAUUGCCGAGCUGAUGUAGAAAAAUAUUUAAGAGCAGAGAAGAUCUGUUAUUUGUCUCCAGAUUGGUUUUCUUUUGACAGUCAUGUUCUAGUUGGUGGAGGAGACAGAGAGGUUUCUCGUGCCAUUUCAGUCAUAGCAACACAGGAACCAUGGAGAAAAUCCAAAUGGUCUACAUUGGUGAUAUGUACAAGAUAUUGUCCAAAUCGUAAUAAUGCCAGACCAUCACUACAGUGCACCAACUGCAAGAACUUCUUUCACCCAGAAUGUGUGUUUCUGUCUACACCAACUGAAAUCAAGAAACAUAAAGACAACUACAUUUGCACACACUGUUCGCUGGUUGAAAACCCAAAUGCUCUUAAAGUCAAAAUCAAAUUAACAGAUUUAUGUCCUAUCCUGAAGCUUUCAUUUGAUUGUCUGCUUCACAUCUUGUCUUAUCUUCCCCUCAUUGAUCUGUGCAGUGCAAGCUGUGUUUGUACUACAUGGAAUCAAGUAUCAUCCCAGCCCAUCUUGGUGAGAACAUUUUUUAAUGCGUUUUGAGGACUGAACUAUGUGUCAUUGUGUAGUUCCAGAAAAUAUCCAUACCCCACCACAGAGGGAAUUUCAUGUGCGGCACCCACUUCCCCAGAAUUUCCAUUUUAUGAGCUCAAAAAUAACCCACCCCCUGGAAUUUCCAAGAGUAUAAUAUGAACACCCGCAAUACCCUCUGAAGAAUUUCAUUUUGGCUGGCUUAACACUCCAGCUGUCUGUGUUCUACGUCACUCCUGUUUAUUCUCGAUGGAUUGUAACAUCUGAAGAUGCGUACUAAGGAAACAUUCUGACAGCAAUUUAUUUUAACAUGCUUUGCAAGUAAAUAGCUGAAAUGGUAACUGUCAUCAAAUUACCUUCGUACAUGUAUGUCACUAUGUUCCUCAGUAAAUGUGGUACAAGUUCUGUUGAAAGACCAGUAAGCUGAGAGUGGAUGAAAUUGAUACCAAACUUUUAUCAUGAACACGAUCGCUAACACACUUGUGAAGAAAGCCGGUGAUUUUAAAAGCAAAAUUACACACAAAUAGACAGAGGUAAACAAGAACUUCUCAAGUUUCUGAAGUCGUAGUAGCAUUUCUACUGUUAUAAGGAAACUAAUUUUCUCGAAUGUAAGUUGUAUGCGUGCAUAGUUUAAUUUGUUUCUGUGAGCUUCUUACACAAAACAAAUCACUUGCCUCGCUUAUAGAACGAAAAUACAUUGCCUGGGUUGUUCUUGUUUUGUUUGUGUGCACAGUUUGUGUUGUAUGCAUGCAUACUGAGUUUAAUUUGUUUUCAUGAGCUUCGCACUUAAAGCAUCCCACUUGCCUGUACACACUUAUGGAACAAGGUAUACAUUGCAUGGGCUCUUUUUUUGUUUGUUUGCAUGCAUAGUUUUGUUUUAAUUGUCUGCCAAGUAAUUUGCUACUUUUCCUGCACAUGGCGUAACUCUAGAUUGUCUAUUUAGUAUAUUGUGUGCAGCUUCACCAGUUUUACGACUCCUUCAAGUUGACAGGGUCUCUUACUUAAUGAGAUGCAGUUUCACCAUUUACUGUGGAAUGACGAUUUAAUUUAUUUCAAUGAAAAGUACCACAUUUACCACUUGAAACAAUUGUAAUACCUAUUUUACCACUCGCACAAGUCAUAUCCCUUGAACUGCUUGAAUCUUAACCUUCACGACAAGAGCAAGUGGUGAGCGUUGGACAUGCUUGGAACUUGCUUA